AUGAUCGCGAACGGAGGUGUCCGGACCUACGAAGACGCGACGCGCUGCCUCGAGGUCACAGGAUGCGAUGCUGUCAUGUCGUCGGAGGCUCUGUUGGAGAAUCCGGGGCUCUUCGCCCCCAGCUCAUGCAGCAGGGACAGCGGGAGGAGGUCCCUGCUGUUGCAGGAGGACCUCGCGUCCGAGUACCUGGAGCUCGCGAAGGCCCACGGCUGUCAGAGCAAGUGCGUCAAGGCGCACAUGUUCCACUUCCUCUACGCCGCGCUCCAGCUCCACACCGACUUGCGCUCCCAGCUGGGGCAGGCCAAGGGCAUCGACGAGAUGGCCGCGGUCAACGAGGCACUCCGGAGGCGGCGCGCAGAGGACCGCGCCGGAGGCGUGCAGUGGCCGGAGACGGGCUGGUACAUGCGGUACCGCGAGCCGCUGCGGUGCCCCGAGGAGAAGGAGCGGAAGAAGCGGAAGGCGCAGGAGGCCGAGGCCGACGCCGAGGCUGUGCGGGGCGGCCCCGGCGCCGAGGCCGCCGACGAGCAGGCCUCCAAGAGGCCAGCCGUGGGGGCGCCCGCCACGGCAGCCGAGGGCGCGGCGUGA